AUGCUCGUGGAGCCGUCUUUUGAUCCAACAAAAAACAAGGAACAUGAUUGGAUAUACACAACAGUCAAGUUCGGACAAGUCACCCUCGAGAAGCCCACAUUCUUUACGGAUGACAAGGAGGUUGAGUUUCUCCCAUGGCAUGCCAGGCUUCAGAAUAUGACAUACUCAGUUAGGAUGAAAGUAAAUGUCCAAGUUGAGGUGUUCACAAAAAAAGUUGUUAAAAGUGACAAAUUCAAGACGGGACAAGACGAAUAUGUUGAGAAGAAGAUAUUAGAUGUCAAAAAGCAGGACAUUCCAAUUGGUAGGAUACCCGUGAUGGGGAGAAGGGAAAGGACGGGGGACAGCUAUAAGAAGGGGGAGUGUGCCUUUGACCAGGGUGGAUAUUUUGUUAUAAAAGGGGCUGAGAAGGUUUUUAUAGCUCAGGAACAAAUGUGCACAAAGAGAUUGUGGAUUUCUAGUUCACCAUGGACAGUCUCCUACAGGUCCGAGACUAAAAGAAAUAGAUUCAUCGUGCGUCUCGCAGAGAAUCAGAAAUCAGAAGAUUAUAAGAGAAGGGAGAAAGUGCUGAUCGUGUACUUCUUGUCGACUGAGAUCCCAGUCUGGGUACUGUUCUUUGCAUUGGGUGUGUCAUCAGACCAAGAGGUAGUUGAUCUAAUUGGUUUUGAUGGUGAGGAUGCAAUCAUUAACAAUAGUCUCAAUGCUUCUAUCUGCGAGGCUGAUGCAGUUUGCCGCGAAGGGAGGAAUGCUCUAGCAUAUGUUGACAAGCUGGUAAAAAAUGCAAAAUUCCGACCUAGCGAAAGUGUGGAUGACUGCCUACGACUAUAUUUGUUUCUAGGCCUCAAAAGUUUGAAACAGAAAGCACGAUUCCUAGGCUACAUGGAAGAUGGAAAGGGUUUCAGUGUUGUAGCCAAUCUGGGUCAUGCAAAUCCAUUGCAGACUCUGAUUGAUCUGAGGAGAACGCAACAACAAGUCUUAUGUAUCGGCAAGGUUGGAGAUGCAAGAUAUCCGCCUCCCUCUCAGUGGGGUAGAGUAUGCUUUCUGUCAACUGCGGAUGGUGAAAAUUGUGGUCUUGUGAAGAACAUGUCUCUCCUUGGACUGGUCAGCACUCAAAUUUUAGAGCAUGUGGUAGAAAAACUAUUUGAUUGUGGAAUGGAGGAGCUAAUGGACGAUACAAGCACACCACUAUCUGGCAAACAUAAAGUUCUUCUCAAUGGAGACUGGGUUGGAUUAUGUUCAGACUCUGAGUCCUUUGUCGCGGAGGUAAAAAGCAGCCGGUGUCAAACUGAAUUACCUCUUCAGAUUGAAAUCAAGCAAGAUAAAGAUGACAAUGAGGUGAGGAUUUUCACUGAUGCUGGUAGACUACUCCGACCUCUCUUGGUUGUAGAAAAUCUCCACAAGCUGAAGCAAGACAAACCUUCACAGUACAGCUUCGAGCAUCUUCUUGACCAAAGGAUUCUCGAGCUAAUCGGGAUUGAGGAAGAAGAAGACUGUACCACAUCAUGGGGAAUUAAGCAGCUUCUUAAGGAACCUACCAAUUAUACCCACUGCGAAUUGGACUGUCUUUCCUGUUGGGCUAGGAGAGUUCUCUACCAGUCCCAGAAGCACUAUCAACAAGCCAUUGGGUUCUCAUCAACAAACCCUAACAUCCGCUGUGAUAUACUGAUCCAGCAGCUGUUCUAUCCCCAGAAGCCACUUUUCAAGACAUUGGCAUCAGAAUGUCUUCAGAAAGAAGUGCUGUUUAAUGGCCAAAACGCAAUAGUUGCUGUGAAUGUUCAUCUUGGGUACAACCAGAAGGAUUCCAUUGUGAUGAACAAGGCUUCAUUGGAGCGUGGUAUGUUCUGUUCUGAGCAGAUUCAGAGCUUCAAAGCUGAGGCGGAUAGCAACGACUCAGAGAAGCGAAAGAAGAUGGAUGAGCUUGUUCAGUUCAGGAAAACUCACAGUAAAAUAAGUAGAGUAGACAGCCUUGAUGAUGAUGGGUCUCCUUUUAUUGGUGCUAAUAUGCACAGUGGCGAUAUUGUCAUUGGCAGAUGUACACAGUCUGGGACUAAUCACAGUGUAAAACUCAAGCAUACCGAGAGAGGGAUUGUGCAAAAAGUGGUAAUAUCAUCUAAUGAUGAUGGGAAGAAUUUUGCUGCAGUUUCUCUGAGACAGGUUCGUUUUGCAUGCCUUGGAGAUAAAUUUUCUAGUAUGCAUGGGCAGAAGGGUGUUUUAGGCUAUCUAGAGGAACUGGAGAGUUUUCUUUUCACGAUCCGAGGCAUAGUUCCUGAUAUUGUGAUAAACCCGCACGCUUUCCCUUCUAGGCAAACACUGGGCCAACUCUUGGAGGCUGCUCUCUCCAAAGGAAUAGCUUGUCCUAUCCAAAAAAAGAAGGGAAGCUCUAAUGCAUACACCCAAUUGACUCGACAUGCCACUCCUUUCUCCACUCCGAGUGUCAAUGAAAUCACCGAGCAGCUUCGUAGGGCUGGCUUUUCAAAAUGGGGAAACGAAAGGGUCUACAAUGGUAGAUCAGGAGAGAUGGUGUGUUCACUCAUAUUCAUGGGUCCAACUUUCUACCAGCGGCUUGUCCACAUGUUAGAGCACAAAGUCAAAUUCAGGAACACCGGACCAGUGCACCCGGUCACACGCCAGCCGGUUGAAGACAGAAAGAGGUUUGGUGGAAUAAAGUUUGGAGAAAUGGAGCGAGACUACCUUAUAGCUCACGGUGCUUCAGCUAAUUUGCACGAGCGACUCGUCAUGCUAAGCGAUUCAUCGCAGAUGCACAUCUACAGGAAUUGUCAAACCUUUGCGAAUGUGAUCGAGAGUACAGUAAGCAAUGGAAGAAAGAUCAGAGGACCUUACUGUAGACUGUGCGAUUCGUCGGACCAUGUGGUCUGGGUUUACGUGCCUUACGGAGCUAAACUUCUGUGUUAG